GGAGUGGCCCUAAAACGACCAAAACAAAGAAACAAACAAAAAAAGGAGCCGGGGAAAAACCAAAACAACCGAGAAAAAAAAAAAAAAACAAACAAAAAAAAAGGCUAUUUGGGCAGAAUUUCGUCAUUAACAUGGGCAUAGACCUAAAAAGACAGAAAAAAAAGCGCGAGUGAGAGAAACAAAACAACGGGGGAAAAAAAAAAACCCUGCUAUCUGGGCAGAAUUUAGUCAUUAACGUGUGAUCGUGAGUUUUCUGUGCCUUGUCACCUUCAUGUAAGCUUUCAGUUUUAAGACACUUCCCUCUGCACGGGAAAGGGAGCCACAUGGCACGGCUCCUUCCUGGGAUGAGGAAAAUUCAAGUAGUGAAUGAAGCGAAUGACGUGUGUUUCUGGCUUAGAGGGAUGCGUCCUUUUUCAGAGGUGUGCUCUUCUUGGCCGAGUCUCUGGGCAAAGGCUCCCGAUGGAUGGAGAGGGUUUGGACCAUACGCAGAGAAUCAAGAAGCUCAGCGAGCCAGAGGAUCCGAACUGAGAAUCAUCCUUGUGGGCAAAACAGGAACUGGCAAAAGUGCUACAGGGAACAGCAUACUCGGGAAGCAAGUAUUUGAGUCCAGGCUGAGUGCCCAGUCCUUGACGAAGACUUGCAGCGUGAGUCGGGGGAGCUGGAGAGGGAGAGAGAUGGUCGUAAUUGACACACCGGAUAUGUUUUCUGGGAGGGACCCCUCUGAGUCCCUGUACGAAGAGGUGCAGCGGUGCUUCUUGCUUUCGGCACCAGGACCGCAUGUGCUGCUCCUGGUGACACAGCUGGGCCGAUUCACCACCAAGGACGAGCAGGUGGUGCGGCGGGUGAAGGAGCUCUUCGGAGCAGAUGUCCUGAGACACACGAUCGUCCUCUUCACCCGCAAGGAGGACCUCGAGGGAGGCUCCCUGAUGCAUUACAUCCACGGCUCAGAUAACAAAGCCCUGAGCAAGCUGGUGGCGGCGUGUGGGGGGCGAGUGUGUGCCUUUAAUAAUCGUGCUAGAGGGAGCAACCGGGAUGCCCAGGUGAAGGAGCUAAUGGACUUGAUUGAGAGCCUAGUGAGGGCGAAAAAGGGUGACUGCUAUACCAAUCAGCUGUACAGCCUCCUGACAGGGUCAGAAUGUGGACCAGGGCAAUCGGAGGAAAGAUUAAAGGAUCUCAAAGGGAGCUUCAUAAAGUACAUGGCGAUCCAGAGAUGCCGCACUACUGUGGCCAAAGCAAAUUGCCUAAGAAAAGCCCUAGUCAAAACAGGAAUGCGUAUUUUAUGGGGUAUGCAGGUGUUUGCCACAUGGCUAAUUCUGGUAUUUUGUGUAUUGCACAGAACAUGCAGUUUAUUUUACCACUUACCCUGUAGGAUAUGCGAUUUGCUCUAUAGCUUCUUGUUAAUAAUACCCCAAAAAUUAAUGAUAAUUUUUAGACGGACCAUUGGAAUGGCAUCCAAGACUCCUAGGUCAUAGUUCUAGAUCAGUGAUUCUUAACUCACUGUCACACAGUGGGUGAAUCACAGUGCCUCCCCUGUAAAAUCUCAUCAGUGCAUGUUUGAGAUUCUGCAAAGUGUUUAAUCGUAACAUCAUUGUUAUUUUAAAAGUUACUGUUUGUUUUGAAAGAGCAUACCAAAACCUUUUCGAAAGCUGUAAACAUAAAACUCCUCUCAUUUGCAAAUCUCUAAAUUCAGUUUUAUGUUCCUGAAAACGCCUUUUUUUCUUAUACUGUUACAAUUUCUAAUACCAGAAAUGACAAUAAACAACAUACAAUAACAAUAAAGUUCUACUGGUAUAGAAUUGGCAUAAAAUAACAGCGGUACCUAGGCGGUAAAGUUCCUGAGAUCACGUCUUUAAUUCUGUGCUACGGUUUUAUCCUCAGAAGAUGGUAAUUGACACAUGGCUCAUUUCCGCAACGUGACAAAUUCGUGCACAACAAUCACACACAGACACAUUCACACAUCAAUAAUCCAUCUUCUGUGUAUCAGAUUUGCUUAACAUUGAAAGAGGCUCAGCCAGAUCCCUGGCCCCCUCAUCCCAGUUAGCGCUGAAACAUACAUAGAGGCUCCAUGCUUCAGAUAAGAGGGUGGACUGGACGGCUAUUCUGAAGCAUCGUUCUGUGAAAUGCAACUAGAAGCUGAACUUGUUCAAAUAAACAGAAUCUCUGUGACGG